AUGAAGCGAAAGGCGGAAGAAGAUCUGGUCUCACAGAGGACGGCGCCAUUUGUCCGAACAGACGGAAGUACAGCACAAUUCAAAGGUCCUGCGGCACCAGAGCCAGAGGAUGGUGUUCACGACGGGUCGACGGUCGGCUCGCUCGACGACGGGCAGACCGACCAGACGGACAGGGCGCCAUCGACAACGCCGGUGACGACGGCCGUGUCAACAGCCUCACGGCGGUUUCCGUCGGACCUCAAGACAAUCAAGUGCACGUGGCCGGACUGCACGAAGACGUUUAACCGGCCAGCGCGGCUGACGGCACACCUGCGGUCGCACAACAACGACCGGCCCUUUCGCUGCGCUGACUGUGCCAAGACGUAUAUGGAGGAGAAGCACCUGCGGCAGCACAUCAAAGGCUCGCACAGCCAGGAGCGUCGCUAUGUCUGUGAGGCGUGCAGCCGGGCCUUUCUGACGGCUACCCGGCUGCGUCGCCACGCUGCCGUGCACGAGGGCCAGGACCGUUUCCGCUGCCGCGGCCACGACGCCGCCUGCACCCGCACCUUCCGCAAGCACCAGACGCUGCAGCGGCACAUCCGCGUCGACCAUCUGGGACAGCCGGCCUUUGCCUGCAGUCGGGACAUCGACGGGUCUGCGUCUGGCUGCGGCGCCCUGUUUGAGAGUGCUGGCGCCCUGCGGCGACACGUGGCCCGCGAGCACGGCACGGCCAAGUACUGGUGCGAGGAGUGUCUGGGCGAGGAGGAUGCGGACAGCAGCACACUCCCCCCGAAAGCCGGAUUCGCCACCAAGGUCCUGCUCGAGGCGCACAUGCGCCAGGAUCACGUCAGCUGUCUCUUCUGUGAUGUUCGCUGCGCCGGCCCGGCCGCUCUGCACCGUCACAUUGACAUGUACCACUCGGGCAAGUCGCUGGCCGACCGCAAGACCACCGUCUGUCCGCACGACCGCUGCGGCAAGACCUUUACGCGGCGCGCCAACCUCAACGUGCACGUCCGCGCCGUCCACGAGGGCCUCCGGUUUGUGUGCGGCGACGUCGACGCGCUGAACAGCUUGACCGGCGAGGACGAGCAGCCCGGUCCGGAAGACCCCCAACUGGCCCUCUGGGACGCCCGGGCCAAUGGCUGCGGCCGCGGCUUCGUGUCUAAGCGGAAACUCGAGGAACACGUCCGGUACGUGCAUCUCCGACACGAGCGGCCGCCACCGAUGGUCGUGACAACGCCCGGAAAUCUGCUCGCUUCCGACGCCGGUCAGCCCGCCCCUGUCGCCCUCCUCGACGACCUCGCCGGCAUCCGGCGCACGCUCGCCUGUCCGCUGGCUGGCUGUGCUGCCCGUUUUGUCCGCCAUCACGACCUGCAUGUGCACCAGCAGCAGAAACACGCAGAUACUGGCCUCGACAUCGACGGCGACCCGCUGCUCAUGCUCUCUAGCGCUGGCAACGACCUCGGUCAAGACGGACUCUAUCUCAACACGAACCCCGACCCAGACGACAGCUCCAACAUGUUGGACAUGUACCUCGACCUCGGCCUCACACCGCCGCUGGAAGAUGGCGCUGUACCGGCCGAUGAGGGCCCCAAUGGCAGAUGGACGAGGCUGAGAUGCGUCGUCUCAUCGGCGAUAAUUACAACAGCAACGACGGGUUUCUAG